AUGUUCGACUUACUAUCUGACAACAGUAUCCAGUUAGUGCCGUAUCACACGAAUGCUUUUGAAGGCUUGACUUGUAAGUUUAGAAAGAUUCCUGUGAAACAUCGAGCACUUACAAUCGAGGUCUUGCUAUAUAGGGAGCUAUGGGCUGACGUGACCUUUAGCAUACUAAAUUUACGAACAUCGUCUGGCAACACAGAAGAGCGAACGACGCCUGAGGUGGAAAUUAAAUUGCUUGAAACCUAUCAAGUUGCCAAAAGGAGAAAAAGGGAUGUAUCCUCGUCUUACUUCUUUCCGAGGUCCGUUUCAGGAUAUAUUUGGACUGUUUUCGAAGCUUGUCGGACUAUCACGACUGAUCUUUGUAACAGUGAUUCCGAAGCUUGUCAAGAAGAGACAAUAACAGUCUCCUUACUGCGCAGCUCUGAGGUAGGAUUAGAUGUGAAGGGUGGUGGUACCACACUUCUCAUGGCGGAGAGAGGAUGGAAAUUCAAGGCUCAACUUCUGCCGAGGAACUGGUUGAGCCUCGCAUUGGUUAACAGGAACAAACAGCUGCGAGGGCCGGCUUACUUCCUUCGCCGGUACACGGCCGACAUGAGGAUGGACUCUGAGGUUGCUGACGUGUUCGUUAGUGGCACGCUUUCCCCGUCAGAACGCGCCACCCCAGUUGGCCGACGGCAUUCUCGAAAACACGCAGCCAACCACAGCGAGAUGUGUCGAUUACGUCAUGCUCUGGUGGCUGAAGCCGGGGUGACUUUGCCUAGCGGAUGUCAUUCUGCACGCCCUUCUGAAGUGCUGGGAAGUCUCCGAGAGGCGUGGACUUUGAUCUCCCAAUCUCCACUCCUCCCCAGCUGCCUUGUUUCCUCUGUUUUUGAGUGGCUGGCGGGAACGCACGGUAUCAUGGAUACGCCCAACAAUCAGUCCGAUAUGGGGCAAUUCUUCGAUUUCGGCGAAGCAGCUAUGCCUGAUAUAACCCAAAACGCAGCUGGAACUACUACAGCUGCAUCAAAGACGCGAGGCUUGUGCCCGGCUCAUGGCAACGACUCGAGCAAUGGGUGCGUAUCCUACUUCCACUACCUCGAGGACCCCUUACACUCCUUCAAGUCUAUCCCCUUCACAUGCCAUUCUUCUUAUCAUGACAAUACGGCAUACGCCAUGCAGUUCACUGCCUUGGAAGAAUGCGCAGUGUAUCAGCUUCGCCGAAAGAUCCUCCACGGCAAGACAAAUAUGUAUACCCUUUUGAACAUCCAUAAUCUAUCUAGCGGUAUAUACUACUUGGACUCUACUUGUAACCGUACCACACCUCGUCAUUUGAUUCAACUGCCAUUCCUAGUAAUCAUGUUAAUAUGCCUUAGAUGCCUAUGUCGUGGCUUCCACGAAGACUUCCCUCUUUCGGAAGGUUUACAACAACGACCUGAGCAACCCGUAUCUGAUUGGAACCCAGACUUUUCCAGCUGGAUUCCUCGUUACCAUAAACCAGCACAUCCAUGCGACUAUUGCCGCUCUAAGAGUCUUGAAUGCUUCAUUUACGACUCUGGGAACACAUCAACCGGGUGUUCUCCAUGCAAUGCCCUUUUCCGGCCAUGCAGCUUCACCCAACCGAGUAACGAUAAGAUGAAGUCAAAGACCACUCUUGAUACUCUGGAUGUUGUGACUGAAGACACUGCUCACCUAUUCGGUGGUCUCACCGGAAAGAAACCGAUGCGGUGUCUCGGUCACGUGGGUCCCAUUGAGACGGACGAGGCUGAUAAGGGUCCAAAGAAAGGAGCUGCGGCAGCGCGGUUUCCCCGCGCUGCUGUGAAGGUACUCAAAGACUGGAUGAUGGAACAUAUUGAUCACCCUUAUCCAACAGACGAGGAGAAAGAGGAGCUCAAGGUCCAGACUAGACUCACAACGGGUCAGAUCAGCAACUGGAUGGCGAACACCCGGCGACGGCAGAAGGGACGGCCGAAGCGAAGCGCGUCUCCCAGUAUCCGCCCCUCAACAGAAGCAAUAAACAUCCCACCAGGGCGAACUUGGGAUUCAUUGAAUCCUUUCGAGCGAUGGAAGCACUCUCCUCCAGAAAAUGAACCUGCGCCGAUGACAGCUAUCGCUAGAGCAAUGGAGACAUUUGACCCCCCUGAGCCAGACAGCCUUUCGAGCAGCUUCAAUGAUCGUAAGGGCAAUUCAAACGACAGCACUGGCAGCUUCUCAGUCUUCCGUGCUCCCUCAACGACCUCUCUUGAAACUGGAUUCACAAACAUGUCGUCGGGCUCUGCAGGUUCUGCCUGGUCCUACGGCUCAAGGAACUCCUUCGGCUCUCUUAACAGCCUCAACUCAAAGAAAGAUAGGCGCCGACGCCGUCGUGUCCCAAAUCGAACGGCGAAGCCUGAGCUUGAUUCCACUCUGCGUCUGUUCCAGUGCACUUUCUGCACCGACAAAUUCAAGUCCAAGUAUGACUGGUCCCGGCACGAGAAGUCCCUACACUUAUCUCUAGAGAAGUGGAUUUGUGCCCCGAUCGGAGAGGUUAUAACCUGCUCGUCGUCUGGCCAGCGCAAGUGUGUCUACUGUGACGCUAUCGAUCCGACAAAAGAGCACCUUGCUACCCACAACCACAGCACAUGCGAGGAGAAAGGUUUGGAGGCUCGAACGUUCUACCGGAAAGAUCAUUUACGGCAACAUCUACGGCUCAUGCACGGCUGUAAGAUGACAGCCAGUAUGGAGUCGUGGAAAUCAGAAGCACAGUUCAUAAAAUCCCGCUGUGGAUUCUGCGGUACGAACUUUGACAAAUGGCAAGAUCGCGUUGACCACCUGGCGAAGGAAUUCCGUAACGGUGCUACCAUGAAAGACUGGAAGGGAUGCAGAGGGUUAGAUGCUCACGUUGCUGCUCAUGUGACGAACGCCAUGCCACCGUAUCUGAUUGCAAAUGAGAGCAAAUCGCCGUUCCCUUUCUCGGCAUCGAACGCCUCUAGCAUGAAACAUCACAACCUAUACCUGCUACAGACUGACCUUGAAUUCCUCAUCCCGAAUGAUAUCAUUAGCCCAAAUGGUGUCAGAAUCCCUCAACACAUGGGCGACCUUGGCGGUGCCUUUAUCCCUCAUUUCAUGGGCGAUGUUACAAUCGAUGCGAACUCCUCGCCCAUCAAUUCCGCCACCGUCCCAUUCAACACCCCACAGCAGCAAACGUCUGCUAAUUCAUCACCUCAACCCAAUCCUAAUGCUACUUGCUGGGAAAUAUUGACCCUCCGACUCGGUCGCUUCGCUCGGCAACAUCUUGAACACCAUGGCCCCAACACCGUCACUGACGAAAUGUUGCAGCAAGAAGCCCGGCACAUCCUCUACGACAGUGACGACACCUGGAACCAAACCGCAGCUGACAACCCGGAGUGGCUAAACUUGUUCAAGAAAGCUCACGGCCUUGAAACUUCGAUUCCCCGCGACGUGACAACCUUGAAUAAGCACAACGUCCUCGAAGAUUUGGGUCUAAAUGCAAACGCAAAACUAGACCCCAGCUUCAAUCUAAACAACUUCCAGUGCAUUGUCAACAACCCUGAAUUUCCGAGAAUGGAGGCAUUCGAAUGCUCGCUCGCUGGAAACACAAGGGUAAGUCGCAGUGCUCUCGCGUCGCUCCCUAUUCUAAGCUCGACGGCUACAACGUCCGGGACGACUAGCAUACCCAUGUCUUCCUUCGCCGAUCUCCCGAGACUCGAUGCACCGAUCAACGAGUUCGGAAGUACAGAGACUGAUGAUGUAUGCUUUGGCGAGAACGGGGAGCUAGGAUUUGCUGUCGACGGUGGCACAUGCACUCGCUUCGGGGUUUCUAAUUCCUCGUUCCUUAGCACGAGUGCCCCAAGUCAAGAGAUCUCAUGGACUUCCGUAGGAGAUCCGCUACAGACGGACCACUUUGACUUCCCGUCUUGGGAUCAACUGCCUGAGGGCUUUGAUAUAUCUGGUUCGACGGCUGCACUUAGUACUAGUAUUCCAGCCAGCAUUGGUUUACCCGUAGUGACCAGCUCAGACGUUAUGGGCAACUCAUCAGCUAUGUGCUGGGAUGACAGCGAACUCGGGUUCGGGCUCGAUAUGGACACGGAUAUGGACAUGAGUAUGGAUCUCAUGAUGGGAUCUACUUCUAACCGGAUUUUGCUGACUACCGGCGCUCUGAUCACGCUUGUGGCCUGUCAAGUCUUUACGUCUACCUUCAUGGUGUUUAGUGGGUACAGGUGUCGGUUUGAGGUUUACUUGCUUUGGCGCUCGGGUAAAGGGGUGGUGGGUGUUUCUUGGAACUUGGAAAAUGUGUUGUGGAUGGCAGAAUGCGAAACGGCUGAAAAUUGGAGGGUUAGUUGUAAUGGUAAUGCAAUAUAUACAUCUCUCCUCCGUAUCGCAUCAUUACGUGACAUCCGGUGCUGGAAUUGCCCGGGUAGUUUGACAGGUAGAGACAUUUCGUCUCAAAUUACAUCAAGCUUGAGUAGUUGUACACAGGCUAUUCCAUUUAUUCUUAUUUUCUUUUGUCCUUCUUCGUCCAUAAUAGGUGUUGAUUUAGAGGGUAGAUUGAGUAAAGGGCUAGUAAUGAAGAGUUUUGUAAAGAAUGUCUUGCAAGUCCACAAACUGGCUUUCGGCAGCGCAACUUGCUAUUCACAAUUAAUUAGAAUUCUUCUAAAUUGUAAACCACAAUUGACUGCGUGUUUACGAUAUUCUUGUACCGUAAUUCUCAUUGGAUACCAUUUUUGCUCCAGCAGCCCUCGAACCGCAAGUCGUUACUUUCUCCAAGCGCAGUGUAGCUUGAAAAAGGGUCUCCACCAACCAGGAUUCCCUCACAACAAGGAGCCCCCUCAUUCACCACAUCUCGAGGGUGGAAACUUCUUUCCUAACCCUGCUGUCCAUGUUGCAAGCAGUUGUGCGUAUCCAUGGUACCGCAACUCUGUUAGAGUAGUCAGCAAGAUCGUCUUCUUGAUGACGAUGCACCACAGCUCGAAAGACUUAUAUGGCGAGAGCGUCAACGAAUUUAGCUACAAAUACUUCAUACGUGUGGACGGUAGACACCUAGAUCCCACUCGGUUUCGUGACUUCAAGAUCAUGGCAUUCACUACCUUGAUUAUUCUAAUUGAUGUAUUGUGGGGCACCAAGUCCUGGGUUGAUUGCACAACCCAUUUUAAUGCCCUUGGGCUUAUCUAUACUCUGCGACAUCAAGCUUGUGAGCGGCAAAUGGGUCCAUGUACAACGGGUAAUGCUGACAUGCGGGUCACUGUACCACCAGAUGCUGAUGUCGAAAUUGAAGCCACACUUAGGGAGGGUGAGUUGGCAGGAAAACAGUGGAAUAGAAUUCUCCCUAGCCCAGACAAGGUUCAGGAGAAAAAGGCAGGAUUUGUGAAAGGAAGCAACAACGAACAAGCAAGCAAGGGGGAUUUGAGAUGGGCCCAUAAAUUCUUAGUAGCCUUCGAGAAUGCCAAAAUCCUGGCUUUAUUCACCAAAUCUCCCCUAUUCCCGUUCCAGCUUAUGAGUAUUCCAAAUCCUAUAGCCUUGUAUGCUGCCGAAGCUAUUUCGCUAAAAGAUAAAGAAAUAGAUGAGGCGUCAAAAUAUGAAAUUACCCAGCAUUGCCUGAGUCUGGGCUAA